AUGACAACACCACAAGCAGCACCUAGUCCCCCAGAGCAAUUUGUCUUAGUAUUGGCUGCUGUUUUCAUUCCACCAUUGGCGACAUUUUUAGCGCAGCGGACAAUAUUCACCAAGGAAUUUCUUGUCACGGUGAUUUUAACAUUCUUUGGCCAUAUACCUGGAAGUGUUUUUGCCAUCUACUAUAUUUUCUACAUCGACUUCCCUAGUCGUGGUGUUGAGGGCUAUUCCACAAUCGGUGAUAACGAAAGCCGGGUGGGUACUGCUCCGCAACAAAAUCAAGGAGGGGCUCAUUCUCAAGGUCCACACAGCAACAAUCAAAGUAGAGGACCAGGCCAUAGGCUUGGUGGAGAUGAAGACCACACAAUUUCUGAGCAACAACAAGGAUUUAUUCACCAUACUGGACCUAGAGAAGGCGGGUCACAGAAUAAACAUAAGCCAUACCGCGAUGACCUUGAGGGAGAUGUGGAAAAUCCAGGAGCUCCACUUUUGAAUGCCAAUGAUCUCCCAGCCUACGACGAUGUUGUCGAUGGAAAGCACAAGAAAACAAGUGACGGUAAGUCUGUAGAUAACAAAAUCCAGCGUUGA